AUGCCACCAAAAUCUAAAACGAAGGGAUCUACGAAGAAGCCGACGACAGUGGCGGGGAAGAAGGCUGCCAAAGAUCUCAAGAAAGCGUCGAAAGCACCCAAGAAGGCCACUAAGAAAACCGCGAAGAAGGUCCCGAGAUCCACCACCACAAAAUCUGCGAAAUCCGUAAAAAGCAAAAGAUCGGGAGCAUUGUCGAAGAAGCCCAAGCAACAGACACCGGCAAAGAGCACGAAACAGACUAGGAAAGCCGCUUCGAAGAAACCCCUGUCGUCCGCUGUCAGAUCCAGGUCGAAAGGUGCAAUCAAACCUCCCCCAGCAGCUCCGUCAGCGCCAACUAAGAAAGCACCGGCGCCCAAGCCGCAGCCGGCGCCCCAAGCGGGGCCGUCAUCGUCGGCGACUCGAGCUGCUCCAUCUGCGGCGCAACGCCAACCACAGCAACAAAAGCCGCAACAACAGCAGCAACAACAGCAGCAGCAACAGGCCUACUCCGGACAGCAGGCGUAUGGAACGCAGCAAGCUUACGGUGCCCAACAGGCCUACGGUGCACAACAGGCCUACCCAGGACAGCAGGCUUACGGGACGCAGCAAGCUUACGGCGCUCAACAGCCCUACGGCGCCCCUCAGACCUACGGGGCACAGGAGGCCUACGGGGCCCAGCAAGCCUACCCCACACAGCAAGCCUACGGGGCGCAGCAAGCUUACGCGGGUCAACAAGCUUAUCCCGCGCAGCAAGCUUAUUCUGCGCAGCAAGCUCAACAGGCGUACGCAGCGCAACAGGCUCAGCCGGGGUACCCGGCAGCUCAGGCCCAAGCUGCUCAAGCGGGUCAGCCAGCACAAGCGACUGCGCAGGCCUACCCAGGACAGCAGGCUCAAGACCCGACCGCAGCGCAAAUGUCAGCUUACGAGCAGCAGUUAAUGCAACAAUAUGGUGCUUAUGGGAUGCCAGCCGCGGCCGGUCAGGUUCUGGGAUAUCCUGAUAUGGGUGCAGGUGCACCCAUGAUUCUCAGCUCGUUGGGAGGGCCUUAUGGAAUGCUUUGCCCUUCGAUGGCGAAUGCCGGAUACGGAUUUCAAUCUUUCUACCAAACAGGCCAGUUCCAAUACGACCAAGCCGAUCCCUACGGCACCAUGGGAGGAGUGGCGGGAACGACUCCGCAGAUUGCGUCUGAAAGCGAACAAUUCGAUCCAUACGGAUUCCGAGCGUACGAUAUGUACGGUCAGCAAUACGGACAGCAAGCAGAUCCGAUGGCAGCCGCUGCGACGGAUCCUACGGCCGGUACGGCGCCUGCGGCUACCACCGAUCCGAGUGCCGCUGUGGAUCCGGCCGCAGCGCCCGUCGAGAGCCAAACCCCUGCCGACAUGCAGCAAUACAUGCCGCAAUGA